CCCAACAGCAACAUCGCUCAGCGGCAGCAGCAACAGCAACAGCAGCAACAACAAGUCACUCAAAGGCGGAAAGAGACAGGGAUAUACACUCCACUCGUUUCGUUUCGUUUCGAUUUUCAACCGUUUGAGUCGGAGAGCGGCGAACGGCCAACGAAUUCAGUUUGUGUCGAGACGUUGUCGGUGGCACGUCGCAUCGAAAAGAACGCUCAGUCAGCUGAAUAAAGAUAUAGAUACAGCUACAGAUAGAGAUACAGAUACAGAUACACAAGUGCUAAACCAAAGUGAACCGCGCAGUUCCCUAACCGUCUAACCAAAAACCAAAUAAAUCAAGAACGGCCAAAAAAGACAGUAUAAUGUCUUCCACAUCGGCCUCGCCCAUCAGCAACAUAACCGUGGAUGACGAGCUCAACUUAAGCAGAGAACAAGACUUUGCUGAGGAGGAUUUCAUAGUGAUCAAGGAGGAGCGCGAGACGAGUCUCUCCCCCAUGCUGACACCCCCGCAUACGCCCACCGAGGAGCCCCUGAGGAGAGCACAUCCCGCGAUAAGCGAGGAGGCCGUGGCCACUCAGCUCCACAUGCGACACAUGGCCCACUACCAGCAGCAGCAUCAGCAGCAGCAGCAACAGCAGCAGCAACAUCGCCUGUGGUUGCAGAUGCAACAGCAGCAGCAGCAUCAGGCACCCCAGCAAUAUCCAGUUUAUCCCGGAGCCACCGCCGACCCCGUGGCCGUGCAUCAGCAGCUGAUGAACCACUGGAUCCGCAACGCAGCCAUCUACCAGCAGCAGCAACAGCAGCAGCAGCAACAUCCGCAUCACCACCACCACCAUGGACUUCCGCACCACCCGCACCCACAUCCUCACCAUGUGCGUCCCUAUCCCGCUGGCAUCCAUACCCUGCACGCCGCUGUGGUUGGUCGUCACUUCGGAUCCAUGCCAACCCUGAAGCUGGGAGCCGGUGGUGCCACUGGUGGACCCAGCGGAGCAACUGGCACCAGUCGCCCAAAGAAGCAGUUCAUCUGCAAGUACUGCAACCGGCAGUUCACCAAGUCCUACAACCUCCUGAUCCACGAAAGGACCCACACGGACGAGAGGCCCUACUCCUGCGACAUUUGCGGCAAGGCCUUCCGGCGACAGGACCAUCUGAGGGACCACCGGUACAUCCACUCCAAGGACAAGCCCUUCAAGUGCAGCGAUUGCGGCAAAGGCUUCUGCCAGUCUCGCACCCUGGCCGUCCACAAGGUUACUCAUCUGGAGGAGGGACCCCACAAGUGCCCCAUCUGCCAGAGGAGCUUCAACCAGCGGGCCAACCUCAAGAGCCACCUCCAGAGCCACAGCGAGCAGAGCACCAAGGAAGUGGCCUCCCCGCCAGCCACUUCCCACUCCGUACCAAGCCAGGCAUUGAGCUCGCCUCAACCUGAGAACUUGGUACAGCAUCUGCCCGUCCUGGAUCUAUCCUCCUCGUCCUCCACCUCCGAGAAGCCCAAGCGAACGCUGGGUUUCACCAUCGACGAGAUCAUGAGCAGAUAGAUUGAAGGACAGCCGAACUGAAAUCUGGUUUCUGUUGAGAGAUUCAAGAAGAGAUUCAGAGAGCUGGACAGCCGCCAGGCAUGGGAAAUGCCUGGAAUGGAAAAUCAACCGAGUCCAGCUCAGGUUCUGGCCAAAGGUAGAAGUGGGAAAACCUCGCCAGCAAUCCGCCAUCGCCAACGCCAUCGCAAUCGCAAUCGCAACCCAGUGAGCAGAAGAGUCAUCCUCCGUGCAAUCGGUUCUAUAUAACCCGGAAAUAUAGCCAACCCUAUUGCGUUAACCAAAUGCCAAAGUCAAAUAGCAGAGGAAAUCUGAUGAGAAGUCUAAAGAAAGUAUUGCAAGCACAAGCCUCCUACAAAACAAUUCCAAAACACACAACUGUAAACUAUAAACCUAAUAAAUAAUGUAUAAGUAACUUUAACUAUAGCUUAAACUAUAUAUUAUUGUACCUUAUAGUCGUAGUAGCCCAUUCAGUUCGUAGUGCUUAUGGAGUAAACCAAAUGUUAUGUUACAAUAGUUCAAUGUUCAAUCAAACAAACCUCAAACCCGCUUUGGUUAUUAAAAGACUGUUUAAUUACUAGCUUAAGUAAUGCUUGAAUAAAUCAAUCGGUCGAUUGUGUAAUGUUAAA